AUGGCGGCGCUGGGGCCUGGCGGCCGCUGUGCCCUCACGCUGCCGCUGCUGCUUGGCCUGGCCGCGCUCGCCCUCCCGCCGUCGCUCGCCGCCGCCUCUGAGCCGCCGCCCGCCGCCCUCCGCGCUGGCCACGCCGCCUCCUCGCUGCCCGCCGCCGCUGCCGCCUCGCGCACCAGAUACCUUUUGUAUGAUGUAAACCCCCCUGAAGGGUUCAACCUUCGCAGAGAUGUCUAUGUUCGCAUUGCUUCCCUUCUAAAGACCCUGCGGAAAAGUGAAAACUGGGUGUUGGUUCUGCCUCCCUGGGGACGUCUUUAUCAUUGGCAGAGCGCCGAUAUCCUCCAGGUUCGGAUCGCUUGGUCCGAGUUCUUUGAUAUCCCGAGUCUCAACAAGAACAUCCCUGUCAUCGAAUAUGAGCAGUUCCUUGCAGAGUCAGGUGGGCCCUUUAUUGAACAGGUUUAUGUGCUACAAGGCUAUGCAGAAGGAUGGAAAGAAGGAACAUGGGAAGAAAAAAUAGAUGAAAAACCAUGCAUUGAUCAGCUGAUGUACUCCAGAGACAAACAUGGCUACUACAGGGGCUGGUUCUGGGGUUAUGAGGAAACACGAGGCCUAAAGGCCUCUUGCUUGUCUGUCCAAGGAUCUGCCUCUAUUGUGGCUCCCAUCCUUCUGAAGAACACUUCAGCACAGUCAGUGAUGUUAGACAGAGCUGAAAACCUUCUUCAUGACCACUACGGAGGGAAAGAUUAUUGGAAUACCCGUCGGAGCAUGGUGUUUGCUAAACACCUCCGUGUGGUGGGAGACAAGUUUAGGAAGAAAUACCUUCAAUCCACUGAUGAGGCAGACAGGACUCAGUACAAGGAGGACUGGACACAGAUGAAUGUUAAGACAGGCAUAGCUCUAGGUGGCCCAUACCUUGGGGUUCAUCUCAGAAGGAGAGACUUCGUUUGGGGUCACAGAGAAGAUGUGCCUUCCCUGCAAGGAGCAGUAAAGAAAAUCCAUAGCCUAUUGGAGUCGCUUAAACUUGAAAGAGUUUUUGUAGCCACUGAUGCUGUUGAGGAAGAGAUUGAACUGCUCAAGAAACUGCUGCCUGAGAUGGUGAGGUUUGAACCCUCUCUGGAGGAGCUGAAACUCUAUAAGGAUGGGGGCUUAGCUGUGAUUGACCAGUGGAUUUGCGCACAUGCAAGAUAUUUUAUAGGCACCUCAGUUUCAACAUUUUCCUUCCGAAUCCAUGAGGAAAGGGAGAUCUUGGGAUUUGAUCCAAAAACAACUUACAACCGAUUUUGUGGUGAAACAGAGAAAAACUCACACAAAGGCAACAGAGGGAAUCCUGGAGGAAGUGGAAAAUGCUGUCACUCCAUUGAUGGAACUCCUGGGACACUGAAAGCAGCAGAAGCUGUAAGAACAAACUUGGAACCAGACUCCAGCUGGGUAAGGCAGACACUGUUGGGGAGGAUGAAACAGCAAAGCUUUAUAAAUAUGAUUGCCUGGAAAAAGAUUUUGAGAAUAUAGAAACUAUAAGUGAGAUUGAAAUGAAAGCAAGUUUUGAGAUCCCAUAGUUACUGAACAACUGGGAAACAAUGGUGUGGCCAGCUGAAGGUAAUCCCCUCUUGAUGAAACAACACCCUCUGCUUGCAGACAGCUCCAAGGGUCAGAGCAGACCCUACCAGCUUGGCAGAAGGGAUCCAAAGAGGAGAUUUUAGGGUUUAAAAUGUAACACAGUAUGGUGAUGUAGUGAUUCUUAUAGGCUGUAUGGAAAUGCUAUAGGAUUUGUAUGUUGUACUAGAUUGGUUAGAGAGAAUCAGAAUAUUCAACACAGAAGAUGAUUUAUUGUAUUGUAACAGGAACUUUGCUCACUUCUUCUUCUUCUUCCCUUUCUUACUCACUUCUUACUUUCUCACUCACUCACCUACUUGCUUUCCAUUUACCUUCUUAUGUUUUUACGUUCUUACUUCUCAUCCUCUCUACCCCUCUCUUCUCUCGGGCCUGCUCCGAGCUGCGGCUGGCAGCUCCCAGCAGGGCCCUGCACCACGCCCUUUGCAAUAAACUGAUAGUUCCACGACCUGGCUGCAGAGAUCUCUCAUCUCCAUCCGUCCCAACUGUGUGUGACUCCUGGCACUCCUACAAGA